GGACGCAGGGCAGCCUGACGGUUUCAUUUGGGCCAAUCCCAGUUAUGGGCGUUGGCAGCUCUAUUGUGGAAUGUCCAGAUGAUUGGCAGUUGGAUCCAAAAGCAUCAGGAGUGCAGGCGCUGAACAGCCUGUUCUUUGCCAGUGGCUCUGCAGGGCGGCAAUGGGAUGCAGAAGCUGCAGUGCUUUCCGCACUUGUCCAUGAGAGGGCGCCCCCGAACCGGCACAUCGAAGCGCUUGUGGAUCAACAGUGGUGGCGGGACCACAUUGCAGCUGCAGAUGAUGAUGCGGCUUCAGCUACUUUUGACUUGUUUGCAACUGACCCAGCAGGCUGCCAAGUUAACUUGUACGAGGUCCUCACAUGUGCUGCUUUACUUUCAACUCAUCUGCGCCGCGAAGCUAAGGCCGCAGUCCUUUGCCUGCUGUGGAGCGGCCGUGAUGAUGGGCGUCUAGGGGUGUCCGCAAUGAUGUGGCUUUUGAGCUCAUUGCUGCAGGGCCUUCACCGGCUAGGGAUUCUAAUCCCAUCGCCACCUCCCUCAGAGGACAUCGAGAACGACGUGUGCAGACUGUUGUGGGUGUUGCGCAAGCAUCAACCGUGCAGAGGCGAUGCAGUGGCUUACGAGGAGUUGCUGCUUCUGUCCGACCUCGAUGCUGGCAUUGCGAUCUUCUGCACGGCUUUCGAGUCACAGGACUUGCAAGAACCAGAGCCGCUGGCACCUGCUCGCAGCGGCUCUCGCUUGCCACGGAAUGAGGCGCGCAAAGGCCGUGCCAAGGCUAAGAGCAAACCUGAUCGAGCCCGAAAAGAAACCAGCCAGGAUCGUGUGAGGAUGGCCCCAGAAGCCAACAAGGUUUCGGCCGUGACUGCUUCUGCGCUAAUGAGCCGCCGGGAGGUCCUCGAGGCCUUCGAAGUCUUCAAGGCGAUCAGAGCCGAGCAGGAGCGGCUGCCCCGAUCCAAAUGCAGCUACGACACCUCGGCCAUCCGAUCGUUGCAGAAGAUCAAGGUGCCCCAGGUGCAGAUGGCUGUCAGGCGACUCUUGUCGCGAGGCCAGGCCCUGGAGCUCCGAGACUUCCUUCGGAUGCUGGCGCUGGCCAAGGCUCCGGCAGCCUUUUGUGACGGGCACCUUCGCAUUUUCGAAGCUUGGAUUACAGAGCGGGUGCAGCUAACCGAUUCCGAGCUCAUCAAGUACCGACUCGAUAAACCACUGCCUGUGUCUUUGCCCGGCGCACUGGGCUCUGGCGGCGGCUCUGAAGCUGGGCGCCGGCGCCUGCAGGCACUGAUGAGGCGUUCCCGCGCGGUCACUACACAGGCUUGGCGGCAGCGGCAGCGCGCGGCCCGCGCCGAGUCCGAUGCACAGGCCCAGCCAGCAUUUGGUGUGCCGGGUGACUAUGCACUCACCCUAGAGCAGAUGGUCAUCCAGGGCGUGUUGCCUGCCGAGCUGGCCACUGCAGCUGCGCGAAGCUUCGGUUGGGAUGGCUGCCACGUGAUCAGUGAGGGCGCGUUCUUGGAGCUCUUUGUGCCGGUGGCACCUGAGGACUACCACACUUUAGACUUCAUGCGGGCCUUUCGUCGUGCCUGGCUGUUUGUCACUGAGGCGCAGGAGGAAUCUUCUGACUUCCCAUCACCCGGACAGGAUGGAAGCUGGCUCUUCGGCGAGGGUGAGUUGGAGGGGGAGGCUGAGCUCUUGCUGGGCCGACACCUGCGGCCCAGCUCGGCGCCAGCCAGCUCCAGCGGCUGUGCCGAGCCUUGCCGGCAGGCGCCAGAAGCGGCUUCUGCAGACGCAGGCAAAGACAAUGGCAUGGCGAAGGUGGGCAUCGCUGGCACCAAGCAGCUGGACAAGGCCCUGGGACCCUCAUCUGGGCCCUUGAGAGGGACCUUCGGCUUCCCGUGUUUCGGCCCGGUCGCGCGACAGCUGCUGCCGGAGCACGAGGAGCUCUCAGAGCACUGCACCCGCCAGGCUGAAGAGCAGUCGGCAGGCAGCUUGAGUGACACUGGUCCACCAGAGGGUGACGGCGAAGGCAGCAUUGGCGAGGAGAGCAAGGCGGCCUGCGAGGAGGACAUGCUGGAAGUGGCCUUGGAAAGCCCAGCAGUUCCAGAUGCCGACGAGGUAGAUGAGGUAGAAGAGGAUGUUGGCUAUGCAGAGACAGUGCCAUUCGUCACAGAGGGUGAGCCAUGUGUGGUGGAGGAGGAGCUGCCAAGCCCAAGCCACGCCAGUGAUGCAGGUGAAGUUGGCGAGGUUGACGAGGAAGACUGUGCAGAAGCCUCAGGCAACAUGACCCUGGGACUGGCGCCGCAGCAGGUUUGUAGCGCCUGAGAUGACCCUGUUUCACUGCUUUGCAUGCUGCUAAUGAUUUACGUACCGAUGGUGCAUGCUCACUAGGGAAAACAUUGUGC